GUAUUUUGGCAAAGAGAACCCACCAAUACAAAUUAAAAAGUAAUAACUCGUCAAAUACAACACGGAAGUCACGAAAUAUGUCUGCAUGUAAACAAAUUUACACGUAUGUUAGCUACAAAAUGUUUGUUUUCAUGUUUUACUUGGCGUUUUGGGGAAAAUGUGUUGCAGUUUCAAGUUUACGGAUUGAGAGAGAUAUAGACACUAGUUUUUAUUACAAUUAUACUCGACUGACAUCCUUCAUGCAAAACAUGGUAUCUUUGCAUCCUCAAAUUGCAAAGCUUCAUUCGAUUGGUAAAAGUGUUCAGAAUAGAGAUUUAUGGGCCAUUGAGAUAUCCGAUAAUGUCAGUACAGAGGAAGUUGGUGAACCUAAAUUCAAAUAUGUUGGAAACAUGCAUGGUAAUGAGGUGAUAAGCCGACAAGUGCUGAUAUACCUUAUCCAAUAUCUGUUGGAAAAUUACAACAAAGACGAAAGGGUUACAAAGUUAGUUAAUAGUGUUGACAUCUUUAUCAUGCCAUCUAUGAAUCCUGAUGGAUUUGAGAGGGCUGUUGAGGGACAGUGUGAUGGUGUUACAGGGAGAGCAAAUGCAAACAAUAUAGACUUGAAUCGAAACUUCCCGGAUCAAUUUGACCAAUUUUCGGGCAAGAAUAUUCAACCAGAAACACAGACUCUCAUUGAUUGGAUUGAAGGGACUAAUUUUAUACUGUCAGCCAAUCUGCAUGGUGGUUCUGUUGUUGCCUCAUAUCCAUGGGAUGACUCUCCAAAUCAUCAAUCAGAUUAUAGUGCUGCUCCAGAUGAUGCUGUGUUUCAGAAUCUGGCAAAAACAUACUCCUUCAAUCAUCUUACCAUGCAUAAACCUGGGAAAAGGUGUGGUGAUGCAUUUCAUGAUGGAAUUACAAAUGGUGCUGAUUGGUACGAUGUGCCAGGUGGGAUGCAGGAUUACAACUAUAUUCACAGCAACUGUUUUGAGAUCACUGUGGAACUAUCCUGCUGCAAAUAUCCUCAUCGUAAUGAGCUAGCAACUGAAUGGAACAAUAACAAAAAAGCCCUCUUGGCCUACAUGGAGCAGAUUCACACAGGCAUUAAUGGACAAGUGGUGGAUGCAGAAACAGGGGAGGCUAUUCCUGGUGCAGUCAUCUCUGUGGUUAACAUCAACCAUAAUAUUACCGCAGACAAACAUGGCUACUUCUGGAGAUUGCUUGUGGAGGGACAGUACAGAUUCCAAGUGGUCAAAGAGGGGUAUGAAAAUUAUGAGAGUGAAGAAAUUCGAGUGCCAAUGGGUGAUGGCUUCACUGUCAAAGUGGAGAUGAAGAAGCUAGCGGACAGCAAGCCCACAGCUUCCAAUGCAGUAUACACCCUUGACAUGCUGGUCAGCCAGAUCAACCGUUUACGAGACUCUGCCCAUCGUGAAACUAUGACAUUCACAGAACCUGCAGCCUUCAAGCAUCACAAUCAGCAGGAGCUAGAGUAUCUCCUUCACCAUUACAGUGAAGAGUUCCCACACAUUACACGGCUAUAUGAUAUCGGCAGCUCCGUCGAGGGGCGGACUCUAUGGGUUCUCGAGAUCUCGGACAAUCCUGGCAAACAUGAGCUGGGUGAGCCGGAAUUCAAAUACAUCGGGAACAUGCAUGGAAAUGAGGUUGUUGGCCGCGAGAUGUUGAUUAUGCUGAUCGAUCUUCUGUGUAAGAACUACGCGAGUAAUGAGUUCAUCGCCGGUCUUGUUAACCACACGAGAAUACACAUCAUGCCUACAAUGAACCCUGAUGGAUACGCUAAGGGCGUUCUUGGUGAUGUUUGGGGAACUGCAGGCCGAGCGAACGCACAUAGCAUUGAUCUGAAUCGCAACUUCCCCGACCUUUAUGAGACGACCCAAAUAAACUCACAUCAAGAGAAGGAAACCCUAGCUGUCAUGAAAUGGCUCGAGGAAUAUCCGUUUGUGUUGUCUGCUAACCUACACGGAGGUUCCCUUGUUGCAAAUUAUCCAUUUGACGACGGUUUAAAGGGUACAGCCAGUUUCAGCAAGUCGCCAGAUGAUACUACGUUUAUUCAGCUGUCUGAAGCCUACUCUUUGGCCCAUUCCACAAUGCACGAUGGUCACCCAUGUCCGAACAUCUCCAACGAGUAUUUCCAAGAUGGCAUCACAAACGGAGCUCACUGGUACAGCGUCUCAGGAGGUAUGCAGGACUACAAUUAUGUUCAUACCAGCUGUUUUGAGAUCACCAUUGAGGUGGGAUGUGUCAAAUACCCACAGGCCACGGAACUACCCAAGUUCUGGGCUGCCAACAAAUACCCACUGUUGGUUUAUAUUGGUCAGGUUCAUAAGGGUGUUCGUGGGUUUGUGGUCGAUGCUGCUACAAAGUCCCCUAUCGCUAAUGCAAGUAUUGAAGUGGAAGGCAUUGAUCACACGGUAUACACGGCCAGUGGUGGAGACUACUGGAGAUUACUUGCCCCUGGGGACUAUAAUCUUAAGGCCUCAGGACCUGGAUAUGAAGCCAAGACUGUUGCAGUCCAUGUUAGUUUUGAUGCUGCCACUGUGGUCAACUUUACUCUCACUAAAUCCCCAGUCCUAACUUGGUCCGACGAAGAGGAUUUUAACAUCAAAGAAAAUGUUGACAAGAAAUAUCUCAAUAACCAGGAGAUACAAGACGAACUACGCAUGUUGGCUGUUCCAAAUUCAGAAAUUAUGGAGUAUAAAAUUAUUCAUAAGACCCCUGCUGGAUGGGCCGUUCCAUUGGUCCAUUUGUCCAAGCAAUUGACCAAUCAUGAUGAAGAUAAACCACACUUGCUUCUGAUUGGUGGUCUCCAUGGUGAUGACCCAGUUACCAUAGAAAUGUUGAUGAGGCUUAUCCGACAUAUUUUGCAAGGCUACCUACAGGAAGAUCCCGAGAUCAUGCAGCUGUUGACGAUGGCCCAUAUUCACAUAUUACCUGUAUUGGACCCAGAUGGAAUCUUCAUGGCUAAAUUGGGGGAUUGCUCUGGGGCUCAAAACACUGGAACUUCUGAGUUUCACAGCCUCUCACUGCUGCACGAAAAGUUGAGUGCCCUACAUGAAGAGUUUGAGAAACACAAGUUCAACAUGGUGGCCAGCUUUGCUGCUGGAGGACAAUAUAUUGUUAUACCGUGGGAGAAUCCGACAGAUGGCUACCACCAUACAGAUGAUGAGAACAUUUUCCAGACUUUAGCCCGCGCCUUUGCGGACGAGCUUCCCACCAUCUACUCCAAGGAUACAUGCAGCAGAGAUCUGCCGAGUGGAAUUGUCCACGGGUCAGAGUUGAAGGGAGACAGCAACGCGGUCAUGAUGGAUGAAGUUUAUAACACAUACCAUUCACUUUGGCUUUCCAUCCACAUGUCAUGUUGUAAAUACCCACCUGGCGAGAAACUUCCAGAAAUCUGGAUGAAUACGCUCACUCCAAUGGUGAACUUGAUGAAGACUGCUGUGCAAGGUGCCCAUGGAAAAGUAACCAAUGGGAAAGGUGAAAUACUCUCCAAUGCGGAGGUAAAGAUAGACCAGCAUGUGCACACUCAUCCCACCUCCCCUACUGGAGAGUUCUUCUUCAUCAUGACAGAGGGAUCACACAUCAUUGAACUGUCUGCACCAGGUUACGAGACACUUACCCAGCGAGUCUUGGUUGAGAAAAACAAGGUGGCCCAUCUGCAAGAGAUCCGUUUGGACCAGGAAGUGUCCAAAUUCCAAUAUCACAGUUACAACAAUCUUAGGAACUUUGCCAAGAAUCUCACACAAGUCUGCGGCAAGAGGCUUGCGGCCAAAAAUUUUGGAAAGUCGACAUCUGGUCAAGACCUGUGGAUGAUGGAAUUUGGUCCUGACGGUGAUGAGUUGGUUCCUAGCGUCCUAUUGGUCGGUGGUCUCCAUGGUGACGAAGGUGUUGGUUAUGAAAUGAGCGUUCAGCUUGUGGAACAUCUGUGUGACAAUGCCGAGAAAGAUUUCCUGGUGAAAGAGUUGCUCCAGAGCACGCGUCUUCACAUCAUCCCGACCUUGAACCCUGACGGCCUUCAGUUGUCUGAGGCUGGGAAAUGUAAAAGUACCACUGGACACACAAAUAGCAACAAUAGGGACCUGGACCAGACAUUUAUAGUACAAGACGUUAACAUGACAGGCGUACAGGAGAAGGAGACAGUGGCUUUACUGGAUUGGCUGAAGACCUCCAUCAACCCGACGGUCACGGUGAUCAUCAGGGGAGGGGAUAUGAUGGUCCUCUACCCUCACCAUACCAAAACUGCCCCUUUGGGAGAGGUUGAGAAAAAACGACUUAUUAACCUAGGUCUAGCAUACACAACGGUACAUCCAGACAUGGGCAAUAACAACUUCCGGUGUAACGUAUCCAGGGGGAGUAUGCCUGUUGAGAUGGGAAUCCUGGAAGCUUCGUCAUACCACACCCACUCCGGCAGCCUUAUGGACUAUGUGUACGACACUAUGCAUAGUGCUGCCAUCUCUGUGUAUAUGAGUUGCUGCAAGUACCCUGCGCAGGACCAGCUCCUUGAUUUGUGGAAACAGAAUAGGAAACCUCUGGUCACCGUCCUAAAACAGGCCAGUAGAAGUAUGCACGGUGUUGUAAAGAACACCCAGCGGGAGUCCAUGUCUCGGGCCUCCCUGACCAUUGAGGGCUCUACACAAAUUUACCCCGUCGAUGAGCAGGGGCGAUUUUGGAUCUACCUUGCCCCCGGGCAGUACAAGGUCAAUGUGAACUGUCAUGGUUACAAGAUUCUUUCUAAGACGGUUACCGUGGAGAAGGACUUUGAGAGCGUUGAAAUGACCUUGACCAUGGAAAAAGAGGAGGUCAUUGUUGGAUACACACGAACAUUUAUGGUUGUAGGAAUAUCGAUAAUUGUCCUCCUGCUGUUCCUAGUGAUAACAACCAUCAUGUGCCUUCGAAACAGAAAAUCAACGCCAUACUCCAGUGUAGGAUUUCGACGGCUCAAUGUUGACGAUUCUGAUGAAGAUGAAAUAUUUGGUGAGGUUGGAAUCCAGAAAAAAUCUCUUAUCAAAAAUGGGACCAAAGAAUACCGAGAUUAUUCUGAUUCUGAAGAGGAGGAUCAUGAAAAUAAGUUAUUUGAUUCCAGAUUGGCGAGAACAUAGCAUUUUUGAAUGGGAACAGGAUUGAGUUGUUUAAGCAUUUUGCUCUGUUGCAUUUUGAUAUAUGCAACUAUUCAAUGUUAUGAUAUGUUAAAGGUUUUUGCAUUCAUCUGAGGUGAGAUUUAGCCUUCAUUGCGGGAAAGCUCUUUUCUUGUUGCACAGCUAUACAUACAGAAUCUUCAUUUCAAAUGAUCUGUUAAAUCCAGGUGAACUUCCUGACUCAUCUUUAUUGUUCAACUGAAUACAUAUUUAGCGCAGAACACUUUUUUAAAUUUAGGUAAUUGACUUUAUACAGUAUGGUGCUUUGUGAAGUAAGCUCAAAGUGUCUCGCCUAUGCAUCCCACCCCAGAUGUUAGCGAAUUGUACUGGAAACGCAUUUAAGAAAAUUAAGGAAAACCAGAGGUAUAAAGUGAAGAUUUUAUACUGCUGCAGAGACAUUAUCAUGUAGUUCCUAUAACAUUCCUGUAAGAUAACGUAAACCCGAAAGCUAGAUUUUAAAAAGGACAGGGUACUCCAUAAGACUGCUAAAUGAAUAAAUAGUGCACUAUAGCAGGCUGUCAGGAAAUUAAAUAUUAUGAUUUUGACAGAAAUUGUUUGAAAUUAUGAUUACUUGUAAUAAUAUUAAAUUUUAAAUGCCAUAUACAUUAAGUUUGUAUUAAUUAUUGUCAUAAUGUAAGUUUUAAUCAAAACAAAUUAAUAUUUGACAUUCUUAAGCAUUUAAUUGUUAAAAGGCAGAAAGGUGCACAUUCUGGACUCCAUGACGUCAGAAGAGUGCUCCCUAAAAAGGACAGGGUGCAGCAACCUUCCAUGACUCUUUAGCUAAAUUCCUAUGUUAGAUGUAUAUUUUGUUAUAAUGUGAUAGAAAUCAAUACAGUUUUAUUGAUGAAGGAAAACAGUUGCCUUAGAAAAUUGCAUAUCUAUUUUUGCAGUCAUUUCGUUAUUGAAAACUGUAGGUGCACAUUGGUCAGCAACAUAUUUUACAAUAGAGUAAUAGUUAACCUCUAUGGAGGAGCAUUAACUUAUUGAGCCUAACCAUUUCAAGAUGUUUAAUAUUGUUUUCCUGUGAUUGUUUUAAGCAAGCUUCAAGUGCAUUUCAAGAUAACCAAAAUCUAUGCAUCUCUAUGUGUAUAUAUGUUAGCUUCCAUGUUGUCAAACAGGUGUACAUGUAUUUUCUACCUGAACCUACACCUGUAUGUUUUACCUAUGCGUUUUCUAGUCUCAAGCAUUUAUUCAUUUUAUUGAAUCGUGUGCGCAUUAUGGCAAACACAAAGGGAUUAUGUUGUUUGGUGUCAGCAUUGUAUGCGCUGUUAGAGUUGCUUUUAAAGUUGGCCUUGGUUUACAAUUGAUAACAUUUGAACGACGUGUUGUAUAGUAUUUUUAUUUAAUAUGCACAAAGCUCAUGGCAAUAAGAUGACCCUUAUAGAUUUUGGGGUCAGAAGGUCAGAGUUGUGGUGACCUUUGGGCUAUGGACAGGCAACACAUCUAAUCUGUGAAAUUCUAGUUGCGUAUUCAGUUUUCUUUCUUCUGUGUUUUUAUCUGUGCUGUUAUUGUUUACCUCUUGUUGAAUAUGUGAUAUUAAAUUAUUUUGCUACUUAGUGAUACAAUGAAGAUUUAACUGUAGAAAAUGAAUGUAAAGUGUGUGACAGGAAAUUUUGAUAUAAUGUUCCUCAUAUUAAUUUUAAAACCUAUUUUUGCUUCAUGCUAUUUUCUUGUGAACUGUCUAAACUAGAUAAAAGUGGAAAUGUGUCUUAAAAUAAAUUUAGAUAAGCAGCAAACAUGACAUCAUAGUGUUCUGCGCCUGUCACAUGUUUGUAUGGUCACGGUUCAUUUCAGGCCUUUUUGUUUGUUAUCCUUUAGAUGUGAACUUGUUCUUAUAUGAUGCUAAAACCUGACAUUUAAUUGAUUGAUUGAUUGAUUGAUUGAUUGAUUGAUCGACAGAGUGAUUGAUUGGCCUUUAUUCAUGUUACUUGUUCCUUUGGUUCUUAAUAUUUGUUCAAACCUAGAGUGCAGGAUAUAGUUUAAAGGCUCAUUUACUGAUGUGACACUAUCCUUGUUUUUGCUUUAUUUAAUUGGAAUCUUUUUGGAAAAGGAAAAUGGAAUACUUUGAAAACAUAUUGUGAUGCAAUUGUCUUCCAACAAAUGUGUCCUGUAUUAUAUAUAAUAAUAUUUAAUAGAAUGUGUCGUGUACAGAAGUUCUUCCGUCUUUUAUCAAUAGAUUUUAAUAAGUAUUUCUAAUUUUUUAUAAUGUGUAAAUCAAUCUCGAUCUGAUUUUGGCAUGAACAUUUUUCAAUUAGGUAAUCUCAAAAUAUGUUAAUGAAAAAUAAUUUCCUUUCAUAAAUGAUUGCCUUUAAAAAUAAAAUAAUCUAAAAACAUAAGACAGAAAAUUUAACAUAAGACAGAAAAUUUAAUCUUGCUGUAGCUUUUUGUUUGAAUCUUGAAGUACCUUGUACAUGUUUGAACUCAUAACUUCAGAAUUUGCAGGUAUUAUUAAUUGCUUAUUCUUACUUUAAUAUAACGUUUUCAGUAUUUUGAUUUAAUAUAAACUGACAUAACUGUUACUUAUUGGUUACUGAAAGAUAAGUUUUUAUAUUGACAUACUUUAUUUGUUCAAUGUAUUUAUAACUUUAGAGGGUGCUAGAUUUUGAGUUAACGAGUUGUUGGUUCUCAAGCUAGUUUGAAUACCCAAUUGUUCUGUGAAACAAUUAACAUGUAAAUAGUAUUCACCUCAUAAAACUGUCCAUGCACUUGUGUUGAUUCUAAGUGCACUAUUUGUCAUCAUUCGAAAUCCAGCUUAUUUCGAUGAAAUUUACGAUGCCUUCUUAACUGUGUUUGAAGGCUUAUAAAUGUUUUGUUGCAACCCCAAUUCCUUUCUAUGAUUUUUUCUGAGCAUUGUAAAUAUCCAUUUACUUGUUAGGUGGUGGUUGAACAGGGCUUACAAAAUGAAGAAUUGCCAUAACUUGAUCUUAUAUUUUUGUAGUAAAAAGCUUUAUUUGUUUAUGUAUAAGGGUAUUUAUGUGUAAUGAAGUAGUUCAUAGUUAGAUUUUCACCGAUAAUUGGUGUGGAUGUUCACCUGUAAUUGAUGCACAUUCUAUGUAAUGCAAAGAUUGUAAUGAUGAUUAUAAAUACAUGUAAUUAUACAAAUUAUUGUUGAUUGUUGAGAUAUUUUAUCACCAUGCUUUGGCUGUGGUGUUGUUUCAGAAAGCAGAAAUAAAAUAUGGAAAUCAU